AUGUCGUCCUGCCCGGGUUUCAAGAGCAACCUCUCCAUCACCUUCAUCGGAACAGCCACCGCGAUCCUCGACAUCGACGGAGUCCGGUUCCUAACCGACCCCUUCUUCCACCCGGCAGAGUCAUGGGUCAGUCACGAAAACGCCACCCUCAAAGUCCACCACGACCCGGCCCUUCACCUCAAAGACCUUCCCCCCAUCGACGCCGUCCUCCUAAGCCACGAAGACCACUGGGACAACCUCGACGAACUCGGCCGCCAGCUCCUCGACGGCCGCCACGUGCUGACCACCGCCGACGGUGCCGAGAACCUGGCUCCGCGGCCGGGCGUGCGGGGCAUGAAGCCGUGGGACACCGUCGACCUCCUCCUCGGCGGGAAGACGUUCCGAAUCACAGCCACGCCGUGCGACCACGUCCCCGGCGGCGAGUGCGUCGGUUUCGUCGUGACGACCGAGAAGUUCGGGCAUGCCUCCGACGGCCGUCCCAAUGCCGUCUACUUCACCGGCGACACCGUCUACAUGGACGAGCACGUGCGGAUCGGCGAGGAGUUCCACGUCGCCGCCGCGAUCAUGAACACUGGGGAGGCGCGCGUCCAGCUCCUGCCCCCGCCGGCGCCCAAGACCCAGAUCACGCUCGGCGGGAAGCAGGCGGCUCGGCUGUUCCGCGAUAUCGGGGCUGAUUGCAUCGUCCCUAUGCACUACGAUUGUUGGGACCACUUUACCCAGCACGAGGACGGUCUCGCGAAGGAGUUUGAGGCGGAGGGAGUUCUGGAUAGGGUUAAGUGGUUGACGCCGGGAAAGGUGGCGCAGGUUUUGGUGGCCGAGGCUUGA